UAAAAAAUGAAAAAAAGGUACGUUUGUACGUUAAAAAAUGAUUUUUUCUUUUCUGCUUUCAUUGCUUGACUAGGUUCGAUUUGCAAGAAAAAGAAGAUACAGUGUAAGUAGAAGGUUAAGUUCCAAUCAUCCUUCUAUCAUCCAACAUGCUAUCUGUCUUUCACAGUUUACUACUUCCCUCAUUAACCCUUCUAAGUUCUUUUGCCUUGUGCCUUUAGUCUGUUGCCUCCACACAUUUCCUCUAUUACUGAGCCAACUUCGUCCGCUCUAAAGGAGACAACCUUGGCCAGUUUUUUGAGUUCAACUCCCAUAGAUCAGAACGCGAACUCUGUCAAAUUCUUAGUUUCACUUGGUUGGAACAUAGUUUCCGUCGUAAAGAGGAACUUCCUCCAUUAAAGAAAGCAGCCAAUUUGCAUAGUAUCCCUUGGUGUUUGCAUUUGUAGAUUUUCUUAGCCUUUGAAGAUAAGUUAUAGUGUCAAAAUUAGCCACCAAGGAGAUGUUGUCCCUGCAUUCUAAUUUCCCGUUUAUCUUUGUCCAAAUCUCAUUCAUUGUUCUCUUUAUCACACUAUCUCUAAGCAAUUCCACUGCUCAUUCUCCCUCACAUAUAGCCAAAGAUCAGCAAGAAGGAGAAAACCAAUAUCAGCAUGAAGCAGCUUGUGAAGAGAAAUGUGGGAAGUUUCACAUACCAUUUCCAUUCUACAUGAACCAAUCUAUAUGUAAUUCUUCGCUUUCUGAUGCUUUUCGCCUUUCGUGCAUCAACUCCACUUCACCUUUCCUCAACAUUGGUUCUCAAAGCUAUCGAAUUCUCCACUUCUUCUCCGAUGGAGUACUAGUCGAUUUCCCAAACACCACUUAUUGUCGUCAGUACAACGACCUCAGGUCGUUUGGAUUUAAUGGAAACGACUACUUUGGCAUAUCAAGAGAAAAUAUCUUAGGGUUAUACGAUUGUGAGGAUUCGUCAUUGUGCAAACCUGAUUGCGAGAAAAACAUAAUGCCUCGUUGUGACGGGUCCCUGGGUAGCUACCCUGCAUGUUGCUACCCAUUAUCUGAUCGCAGUGCUUGGAAUGCGGAUCAGAGAGAUGGUUUCUCUACUUUUUCUCAGUUUGGAUGCAGGGGAUUUUCGUCUUGGGUUGUUUUAUCUGGGAAACAAGUAAGCAAACGCGGUGUUAAGUUAGAAUGGGCUGUUCCAGGAAAUUCAACGACGACAAGUUGUGCUGCCAAUUCAGAUACCAUCAAUGCCACGAGUGUUGCUGCUGGGAUUAGAUGCGAAUGCCAAGAUGGAUAUGUUGGCGACGGUUUUGCUGUUGGAGUCGGGUGUCUAAAAUCUUGCAUCAAAGAAGGAAAGGAAGCGUAUGGCAAAGCAUGUGUUAACUCAACAAGUCAUGGCAGAAGGAAAACAGAAAUUCUAGCUGGAGUUCUCACUUCAGCACUCACCAUUACCUCCUUGGCAGCACUUUUCUGUGUUUUAAGGCGGCCUAUGAAGACGGAUAUAUUCGAUCAUCCUAGUAUGACUCGGAGUCAGGGUAAUGUCUCAUUCCAGAAACCUUGUACUGUCCGAAUGUUUACUUAUCAUGAGCUAGAACAGGCCACUACAGGUUUUCAAGAUGAGCAAAUACUUAUCGAUCAUGAUGGUGGCAAAGCUACAUUAUAUUCUGGAAUCCUUACGGAUGGAUUGAGGAUAGCUGUUCACAGGAUACAAUGUGAUAGUGAAAGAGAACUCGUCGAGGUCUUGUCUCGAGUGGAGGCAUUACAUGUUGUUUCACACAAGAAUAUUCCUCGGAUUCUUGGAUGGUCUGUUGAUUCCGGAUACACCCCGUUAGUGGUGUAUGAAUAUCCCGUUAAUGGGACCCUCGGGGAACAUCUUUUUCAAGCUAAAGACGAGACUAAAAGAGGUCUCGAUUGGCACAACAGGAUAAACAUUGUUGCUGAAACAGCGAAUGUUCUUGCAUUCCUCCAGUCUGAGGUUUGUCCCCCCAUCAUACAUCACGAACUUAAUGCCAAUUGCAUCUUUCUAGAUGAGGACUUGACCAUGGAACUUUUUGGGCUCGAGCUCCCCACGAAUGCAAACACCGAUAUUAAAAAGCAAAGCGAUGUUUACAACUUCGGGUUGGUUCUUUUGGAGAUUAUUACAGGUAGCAGCUCUGAUCAUCUUCCAUCAAAGACGGCUUUACAGAAGAUAACAAGUGGGAAGUUAGAAGAGAUAGUCGAUCCGCAUCUUUAUUAUCAUGAGCAGCCUAUUUUCCGGAGGGAACAGAUAGAGAUAGUUGCAGACCUUGCAACAAGAUGCAUAAUAUUUGGUUCCCAAAAUGGAAAAUUUCACAUGGGAGAUGUUGCAAGAGAAAUGGUUCACAUAACAAAAGAAGGAAUUGAUGGUAGAAAUAGGAGGUGUCCGUCGACGCAUAAUCUUGAAGAAACUUUUUCCAAUUCAAGCCUUCUUCAGAUGAUAUCUAUGUCUCCUGAUUCAAUACAUGUCCCUGCCAGAGGGUUCACUUAAGCCCUGCAGUUCUGAAUAUUAAGGCUCUAUCUUCCUUGCAAUGAUCAAAUUGGUCGGAAAAAGAGGAAGGCUCUCACACUCUUCGGAUUCUAUCAUGAUAAAAUACAUGCUGUAAUUAUGUACAGUAAUGACCUGCUGCUUUCAUGUCCAUUUUCUUAUGCAUAAACAAGCAAUCUAUUGUUUCAAUAAGACUUCCAAAUCACA